UCUCUCUAUCCCCAUUUUUCCCUCGCCAUGCUAGGAACGCCUGGCUCAAUUUCUAUAAGAUGGCGGAAAGAACGACCACAGGAACAACCGUAAGAAAGAGAUCUUGGGAUAGAUUUUCGAUUGUUCGUUGUCACUGCGAAGAUCUUGCCUACACUCACGUACACUGCCCUUGCGAAAAGUGUGAUGGGAAAGCUGUUUCAUUUUCUUUGGAGUAUAUUCAUUGGAACAAAAAAAAGAGCAUCGAGAUAGAAACUGCUAACGACGAAUAUUUUGAAAAUGAUGAUUGUGCAAGUGUCGGAGACAAAAACUCCAUGGAUUCAAGUCACAGUGAUAAUCAAUCUGAUUCAGCAGAACAUUUAUCUGCUCAUGAAGAACCUACAUCCAGUUCUAGUUUUCACUCGGAAACCGAGUCUGAAAAUCAGUUUAACGCCAUUGAGUUAGAAAUCAUUUGUACCAUUUUGAGGGCCAUGAAUUUAGCUGCCCAGAUGAAUGGCAGCAAUAAAGACUUUGAUGAUGUUCUUCAGUUUGCUAAGGAGUUGUUUUGCCGUGAAGACCCCGACCUCGAAACAUUUUGGCCCAAAAAUUGGAGAGAAACUAAAAGACUUCUCCAAAAUUAUGGUUACAAGGACCCAAAGGAAUUAUACAUCUGCCUUGAUGACUCUCACUAUACUCUCUGGGAUGUUAUGACUGACCCGUCUUCAGAAUGCAGAUACUGUGGAAAAAGAGGAUCAAUAAAAUACUAUUAUUUGGGAUUGUCAGAUAAAAUUGUUCUAUGGUGUCAAAAUACAGAAAUGUGUCGAAAAAUGAUGGCUCAUUGGGAUAACAAAGACAGCUGGAUUGAAGGAACUGGCUCAAAUUUCCCACUCAAAGAAAUUUGGGAUGGUUCAAGAUUCAAUGAACUUUCCUGGUUUUGGGAUCCGAAUAUCACCUUCAUGCUACCAUUCAAGUGUCAAUUUUGCCAGUCUGUCAUCAGUGUUGAUGAGAUAGAGUCUUCUGAACAUUUAAGUGACAAUAGUUACAAUGUUCUUUGCAGUGAAUGUGGUUUCAGACAAGUCCACACUUCAAUAUAUACUUAUGGUGACCCUCGAAAUAUUGCAUUAAUUGGGCAUUGGGAUGGCUGGCAACCAUUUGGUGCAUCUGGUAGACACAGUUGUGGUGCUGUGGAGGUUACAAUAGCAAAUAUGUACAAGAAAGAGAGAAGUUCAACAGAGGAAAUAUAUGUUAUUGGAUUUGUACCAAGCCACUGUUUGCCAAAGAAACGCCCAAACUGUCUGGAUCCAUUUCUUCAUCCCUUAAUUUCAGAGGCUGAGGAACUAUUUAUCUCUGGACUGCAGGUGGAUUAUUCUUUAGGAGUGGCUGGUCUUCCUCCUGGAGAAAUAUCACUCCGCUGCCUCAUAAUUCUAUGGACCGGUGACUAUCCAGGGCAGUGUGAAGUUGGCAAAUUUAUCAAGAGUGGUAUCCGACCAUGCAGAAGGGAUAAACUCAAAGGAAUAGCCGUAGAAUCUACAUCUGCAACAGGUGUCCAUUACUAUUAUGGGGACAAUCGUUACCAUGCAAGAUAUCUUUUCGAUGCACGCAAUCUUCUGGAAGACUUGGGAACAAUGAAAGAGAUAGAUCAAGAGGAUCGCAAAAGCAUUCGUUCCAAAAUGAGCAGAAACACUGGCUAUACUGGCUUAAGCAUACUUCAUAAGCUCUAUAAGCUGUAUGGAUUUAAUGUGAUCACAGACUGUGUCUUUGAUAUGAUGCAUAACCUUCCUAUGAAUGUUGUUUCAAAUCAUUUUCAGAUGCUUAUUGACAGUGAUAAGAUAAACAAGAAAGUAAUUGAUGAAAGACUGAAUGCUGUUCCCUGGACUCCUGAACUCAAGGAUGGUAGAAUUCCAGAAGGCAUGGCUACCCGACUUGGAUACUGGAAAGCAGAAGAAUAUCAAAAGUUUGCAUAUCCUUUAUCAGAGUGUAUUCUUGCUGGACAGUUAGAUGGACUUGAUUAUCACAUCUGGCAGCUAGUCACAAGAAUGGUAGAGCUAGUUUUUAGUGAGAGCAAGCGGGAGGAAUGGGAUAUUGCAGAUGUUGAACUGUUUCACAACCUUGCUUGGCGUUAUGCAGUACUACUAGAAGAAACUUAUGGACUGUCAUUUUGUACAAUAACUGUCCACAACCUUAUUCAUGUAAAAGAAGAUGCACUGAGGUUUUCCCACCCUGAUAACUACUGGUGUUUUUCAUUUGAAAGGGCAGUAAGGAGAUAUGUCAACACCACCACCAAUUUCAAGAACAUUGAGUGUACCUAUGCCAAGAAGGAAAAGAGAAGAGAAUUGAUGAAGCUUUUAAAUACAAGUCCUCUCCUCCAAAACAGAAGGCAUAAACCCUUGCAAAUUGAUAUUGAUAAGAUGUGUGCAAAGAGCCUUGAAGCAGCACAUGAGCUCAUCAAAGUAGUUAAUGAGUCUCACAUUCCUCAUGUCAACCGAUGCAACAGAGGAGUUUUAGUUGGAGGCAUGUCUGCCAAUGAGUGUAUUCUGUUAAGGGAACAAGUGACACAGAUAGUAGAUUGUUGCAGUGGUGUUAAUGCUCAAGAUGUUCAACCUGUAGCUUUCAAAUCAAGAUCUCUCCUUAAACCAUUGCAUGGAAUUGGAGGUGUGUUAUAUAGGGUUGGUGAGCAUGCUGUUGUUGAAGACAUUGCAGAUGUUGAAACAGUGAUAGAGUUUACUGCAUUUUAUUGCGUGGCUAUCAGAAAUGAUUUCUACACCUUCUGUGAGGGCAGGAAGUACCAAACUAUGAAAGAUGAUGAUGGGAAUGAUAUUAUACAUCAAUACUCAGGUUACAAAUUUGUAAAUGAAAUGCAGAAUGUUACUACCUUUUGUCCAUCAAAAAUUUCAAGAAAACUCAUGCUUUUUCCAUGUUUUGAGCAGGAGGAAAAUACAGGUUUAAUUGCUGUUGACUACCUUAGAAAGCAAAUGCCAAUUAAUCAGCUGCAGGAUGGAAUUGUAGUACCAUUCUAUCCAGAGGUUGAUGAUAUGGUACUUGUUAGGGGAGAUGAAGCCGAACCAUGGUUGGCAAAAGUGAUCAAAGUUCAUAGGAACUCAAAGACCGUACUGCUUUGGUAUUAUAAAAAAGCUGCUGAAAGUGAUGAUGAAUGUACUGUCUACAUUGCAGAGUCAAAUAGGAGAUUAGCAAGGGAUAUUGUUUCAUGGGACUCUAUCAUCUCCUUGGCGCCUGGAGGAUGGGUCAACAAUUACUGGGACACCAUGGCAUGAACUAUACUAUCACUGUAAUAAAAUCCAUUAUUGAUAUUAGCUUAAUCACAUGCAUGGUUUUGUAAUUCCCACUAAUGGUUGAGGUGAUGUGAACUCACAUUAAUGGGAAUAAACAAGAACCAUUCAUGUUUCAGUAUAAAUAACAUGCAUGGUUUUGU